AUGGACCCGACACCAUCCACCUCAAAGCGCGUGUUCCCGCCUCUUUACAAAUCAUCACAGGACAGUUGUGAGGACAGGCUUGUCUUUUUCCAUUUAUUAGAACGAUUAAAGACUCAGAAAAGGACUGGUUGGGUAGACCAUGGGCUUAUGCAUAGUAUCUCCGAUCACAUGUAUCGAAUGGCGAUACUCGCUAUGUGUUCUGGCGACACCACACUUGACAACACCAAAUGUAUUCUGAUGUGUCUUGUGCACGACCUAGCAGAAGCACAAGUUGGUGAUAUUGCUCCUCGAGAAGGUAUCCCAAAGGAAGAGAAGAAAAGACUCGAAGAUGAAGCGAUGCACAACUUUGUGCAUGUCAUGUUACAUUCAACUCCGGCCGCUCUACGCAUUGAGGCUCUUUGGAAGGAAUACGAAGAGGGAGAGACGGCAGAAGCGAGAUUUGUCAAAGACCUGGAUCGAUUCGAGAUGGCUUCCCAAGCACUUGAAUACGAGCGUCGACACGAAAGCCAGCAGCUCGAUGUAUUUUUCGAGAGCAGCAUUCCAAAAUUAAGACACUCAGAAGUUCAACAAUGGGGUGCGGAUCUCAUGGCUGAACGGGCUAAGCUUCACGAGGAGCGUCCAAGGAGCAGUGGAAGUUCUAACCGUACGGGAUAG